AUGUCAAGUCAAGUAAACAGCAAGGAUGAAGAAGAGGUAGCGCCCCUUCAGCGGCCACCAUCUCCCCCUCUUCAUACAACAUUUGCUGCUCGCGGUCUGCAUGCACAAAACUUUCCUGCGCAUAAACCGCGUGAUCUACGUAUACCAUCGCCUCAAGCUAUAACUCAUGUAGCAUGGAGUUGCGAUGGGAAGCGUUUAGCUGGCGUUGGUAUAGACAAAAUCACUCGGAUCUGGACUCCAGAAACUAGCAUGGAAUCAAGAGCUGCAACCCACUUCUCCGGCGGUCACUCUGAUGAUGUUGACUAUAUAUCAUGGAAUCCCACCCAUCCAGAGCUAUUUUGCACGUCGAGUCAGAAGGACAGAAGGAUUGUAUUCUGGGAUGCGCGACAAAGUCGGCAUACGCAACAAAUAGUUCUAAAAAUCUCACCCGUGCAGACAAAUUAUUCUCCAGAUGGCCGGGCUUUGAUUUUCACUUCGGCCGGGCACCAGCUCUUUUUCUUAACAUACGGGAAAGAUGGUGAUGCAACAAAAGCGCAGUGGCAUCUCUCAGAUAAAGACGGGAGCAUUGUCGCAUCUACCGCUAUGUUCAAUCAUGUCGGCGAUGGUAUUAUUUUGACACAUCAUUCUGAGCAUAGCGUUCGGGUCAUGGACUAUCCAACGCUGACCCUCAGAGAAAGCCCUGCCGCUCAUGUCGGAGGUUGUGUUGCAGUAGCACUCGAUCCCCGAGGGAGAUAUCUUGCGUCUGGUGGCUAUGACUCAAUUGUUAACAUGUUCGAUCUGAGUGAAUGGAUAUGUGCUCGGACAAUCUCCACUUGCGAAAAUGCGAUCAAUGCAUUGAGCUUCUCGUAUGAUGGAGAGUACCUCGCUAUUGCAAAUACAGGACCCUACAUCGACAUAUGUGCAACAGAGACGGGUGCCCCAUUGCAUCGUGUUCCUGCAUUGGCACCGUCACCCACAGUAACGUGGCAUCCCUCAAAAUACGUCUUUGCUUAUUGUGGGCAAACAAAGCUCCGGGAGGGUGGGCCUCCUCCUGUAGCUGUUAUUAGCUUAUUUGGGGGAGGGAUUUAA